UCGCGCUCUCUCUCUCUCGCAAAGGGUUAAUUUUCCGAUCGCACGAGGGGGAGGAGAUUUCCCCGUAGACAAGUAAAAAGGGUGAUGGACAAACGUGCGGGCACUAAGACCGCAAGGCAUUCAUUUCCUCCGACGGUGGAUGCGGACGCCGGGAGGAGGAGAGCCGCGGAGCGAGGAGCUGGGAGCCGUGGCACAGAGAACACGUAGCGACUCCGAAGAUCAGCCCCAAUGAACAUGUCAGUGUUGACUUUACAAGAAUAUGAAUUCGAAAAGCAGUUCAACGAGAAUGAAGCCAUCCAGUGGAUGCAGGAAAACUGGAAGAAAUCUUUCCUGUUUUCUGCUCUGUAUGCUGCCUUCAUCUUUGGUGGUCGGCACCUGAUGAACAAACGGGCGAAGUUUGAACUGAGGAAGCCAUUAGUGCUCUGGUCUCUGACCCUUGCCGUCUUCAGUAUAUUCGGUGCUCUUCGAACUGGUGCUUAUAUGGUGUACAUUUUGAUGACCAAAGGCCUGAAGCAGUCAGUUUGUGACCAGAGUUUUUACAAUGGACCUGUCAGCAAAUUCUGGGCUUAUGCAUUUGUGCUAAGCAAAGCACCCGAACUAGGAGAUACAAUAUUCAUUAUUCUGAGGAAGCAAAAGCUGAUCUUCCUGCACUGGUACCACCACAUCACUGUGCUGCUGUACUCGUGGUACUCCUACAAGGACAUGGUAGCCGGGGGCGGUUGGUUCAUGACCAUGAACUAUAGCGUGCACGCCGUGAUGUACUCUUACUAUGCCUUGCGAGCGGCGGGUUUCCGAGUUUCCCGGAAGUUUGCCAUGUUCAUCACCUUGUCCCAGAUCACUCAGAUGCUGAUGGGCUGUGUCGUUAACUACCUGGUCUUCUACUGGAUGCAGCAUGACCAGUGUUACUCUCACUUUCAGAACAUCUUCUGGUCCUCACUCAUGUACCUCAGCUACCUAGUGCUCUUCUGCCACUUCUUCUUUGAGGCCUACAUCGGCAAGAUGAGGAAAACAACGAAAGCUGAAUAGUGUUGGAACUGAGGAGGAAACCAUAGCUCAGGGUCAUCAAGAAAAACAAUAGACAAAAGAAAAAUGGCACAAGGAAUCACAUAUGGUGCAGCUAAAACAAAACAAAACACAUGAGCAAACAUAAAACCCAAGGCAGCUUAGGGAUAAUAAGGUUGACUCAACCCAGUAAGUUUAUGAUCCUUUUUGGGUGAGGACUCGCUGAGUGAACCUCCGUCUCAAAGGACUGCUGCUGGAAAACCCCAUUCCCUCCUUAACUGUCAGCUCUAGGACAAAUGAGAACAAAAGUGAGCCAGCGGCACAGAGAGAGAGAAAUAGAAGGUCAAGAAAGGCUAUUAACACUAUAUGAAAAAAAAAAAGUAUUUACUAAGUGUUAUAUUUCUCUAAGAAUGAAAGAAGUUUACUUAAACUGUGCGAGCACAUACACACACAAUCUCUUUGGACACUAAACUGGAGCCAAUAGAAUAGAUACAAAAUGGAAGAGACACAGGGUGGAUAUCUAGAUCAAUAACACUUGUGCAAAAAUUAAAGCCUUUUUAAGAAAGGCCGUAGCUGUAGCCCCCCCAUGAGAAAAGAUGUCUUAAUCACCUCUCGUGAAGACGGAUGUAAACAAUUUUAUUUCCACUAAGAGAAGGACUGGUGUUUUUCCCUUCCUAGCACAGUCUCGGGCUAGUGAGUUUGCCAGAACCAAACGGGGCACAGUGUUUUUCCGAGGUUCUUCCUAGGAGAAUGGGAACGGUGCAGACCAGUUCCUAAAGGGGCAGCUCUACCUCUGAGCGUUUCUGAUGGUGUCACUGAAAUUUCCACUCUGAAAUGAGCUCUGAAGGAUUAUCUUUGGUUCAGCGGCCCCAGACUUUUGAGCAGAAGAGUAAAUACCGAAUAGCAAAGUUAAAACCCGACCAAAUGAUUUGAAAGUGGAUUCUGGAUCACCUCUAAGAAGGGUCAGCCCCAAACCAUUCUUGAGCUGGGAAAAGAACAGUUGGGAAAGAGAUGGGAGCCGAGGAUCAACCCAACAGAUACAGUCUGUAUUCCCCACUCUAUUUGACUUCACACACACACUCAUGGCUUUCCAAGUGAAGCCCUGUUGUACAGUCCAUAUUUUCUAUAUUUUUGUGACUUUCAAAAAGAAAUCUGCAGGGCUCUUCCUGAUAUUGGGUGAACACUGUGUUUCCGCAUCAUCUGCGUCUGCUCCCUGAGCGUCGCAGAGGUGUGUAAAGUGCCCUCUGCUGGUCAAGUGGAGAUACUUCAACAAACCCUUCAUGGCAAGUUUGGUUAACAGCUGACAACAAAGCCCCCCUCCCCCAGUCUUAACCCUUCGAAUUUUCAAUGAUAUAAAAUACUCGUCAUAUUUUUGGCCAAAUCAGAAGACCUUCCUGCUUCAAGUCAGCUUCAGAAAUUUUUUUAAAAGGGACUUCUGCUCUGGAACUCAGAAAACCAGUUUAUUAAGAGCCAUAUUCUUUAAAAGAGAGAGAGAGAAAGAAAUGAAAGCUAGAUAAUAUAAUAUUAUCUGUCAUACUUCAGUCCUUUACAAGCCAAAUAAAUGUGUAAACAUUCCUAGUAUUUCAAAGAAGCAAUUAUGUAAAAUUGUUCAAUGUGAUACGCUAGUAUUCUAAUUGGUUAAGUAGCUUCAUGACUAGACAAACUAGAUGACACAAUUAGCGGCUACACUGCAUAGACGACACGCAUUACCACACAUACGUGCACACAGAUGUGGGGUACACUCAACUUCAAAGCCCAAAUGAACAGGAACACAUUUUCUGGCUAGCAGAAAAAGAAAAUCGUUGUUUAUCUUUCUUGCUUUAUUUGAGAGUGUACAGUAAAAGGGAUUUUUUUUUCAGAUUAUUUUUAUAUUAUUUGAGCUUUAACCGUGCUGUCAUUCAUGAAACAGAGCUGCUCUGCGUCUCUGUCAGAGAUGACACGGUCUUUCUCAGCAUCUUGUUUAUGUGUGGAAUUUGAAAGAAUAAAGUUUUAUCCCAUUCUGUGUGAAUGGUUUGAACAAUGAACAAAGAAUCCAUGCAAACCAAGUCAGGACCGCUAGACCCUGGGGUAGGGGCGGGGCCAGGCAGGGGAGGGAAGCUGUGACAGCUAUGUGAAAUUAUCGGGGACGCGCUAUGAUGUCUUGACAUUGGUUCGUAGGUGAGAAGCAACUGGUGGAUGGGUUGGGAUUCCUAGGGUGAAAACUGACACGAGCUAAAAGGAGAGGUCCUGCUAUCACACCUAGGAGGUUCUUAGGCUGCAAAUAAUGUUCUUUUGAGCUCUGAAAAGAUAUGAUACUGUGCAAUAAGCUUUUUUUCUUAUGAAAGAAAAUGAGCAGAAUAAUUCGUAUGAGGAAAAGGCCAAAUAACAACUGACUUAUGUUUAACCGAAGGACCAAUUCGAACUUAUCUGGCUGAUUUAAUUUAAUGGUUGAAUCCAUUGAUUAAUCAUUGAUCCUUCAAUGCAGGUUAGAAUAAGGAAAUGAGCAUAGACCUUAAAUAGACUCUAAAUGAUGCUUCCAAAGCACUUUGAUCUUGCUACAAAUUCAUACUUGUGUUCACUUGUGAGUUAACUUAGAAUUUUUGUUUACAGGUUGAAUGUCUAAUAAGUAGUUUGUAAAUUGGCUAAAUAAAUCUAAAGGCUUUUCCAACGUU